AUGGCCCCUAUCGAUCUUAUCUGGUCCUGGAUCAAGGCGCAAAAGUGUCCCCACUACCUCCUCUCUGCGAUUUACGCCGCCGCUGCCCGGUACACCUCAAGAAUUCUCCUGGCUUUCGACGACGCUUCCGCUGAAUAUGGUCUUGCCUCGCAGGCUCGGCAGGGUCUCAUUGAAAGUCAUGGAGAGGACGUUCUUGCUAAAAUCUUCACUAACUGCAUCCUUUCUUUUGUCGAGUUUCGCCGUGGGAAUGGUGCUCAGGCCUGGCUUGAUCUUGGUGCUGACGGCUCUGACAUUAUUCAUGUCCUGUACAAAGUCCAAGGAUUCUGGGCGCAGUCUGCAACCAUGCUCUCCGAGAUGCGACACUGGGAGCCCGACUCUGCUUUCAUGGGCCUGAAGAAGGAGCUGGACGCCAUCUUGAUCCGGCAGUCCGACCGUGUCCGCUUCAACUCCGACAGACUCAUGCGCGAGCUGGACCGAGGGGAAGGCAGGGCCGGCGAGUAUCUGUUCUGGCCUUUAGCAUGGCAUUGUGCCGUCAUCCUACUGAGCCGGUCGUUCCUGCCGAUAACCAUCAGCUCUUCCGGAAAGCUGGAGGCAACCUGUAACUACCCCGGGGCACCAGCUAUCUUUCUCGAAGACAGGCUAUCCGUGCUGCGAGCGUCUGCCACUGCCAUUUCUUUCAUCUGCAGUGAUGUUAUGGCCUGCGGACAAUUCCUGAUGCCGCCUUUUCUUGGUUACUGCGCUUUGCAAAGCUCCAUCGUCCAUCUCCACACGAUCCGUCAGCAGAAGAAGUUUACGCGUACCGAAGCGCUCGAAAACCUUAAAAUCAAUUGCAUGAUGUUGACUGCUAUGAGCCAUAUAUACAAGCCCGCUCAGUCCUGGCUUAAGCAGCUGAUGGACAUGGUUGAUCCGCACACCAAAUACGCCGAGGGCCGCAACUCCGCAGAGCUCUUCCGCAACUACUUCGCCCGCUUCCAAGACCUUUCCGAAGCUCCGUUUGUCCAAAUGACAUUUCAAACGGACAGUGCCAUCGGUUUCAACAGUACUGCUGCUUCUGGUGAUAACGUUGAAGCGACGAUCGCGAUCGAAAGCUCGGAACCGCGAGAACAUGGGCCCGCAACUGAAGAGAUCACUGUGACCGACGCUUGGAUAUCCCAGUACCGAGAUGACCUGGAAGAGUUCGUGUCUUCCGGUGAGGAGGAGUCGGGCAUGCUGCAGCCUUCUGGCACCCCGCGCCAGGCUGAGCGCCGCCAGCAUCAUUCCGCAAGCAGCACUGCAUCGCAGGAAGUGACCCAGCUUCAGCAUUGGUCACCAGCUGGGAGAGAUCCUAACUCGCAAACUUUGGAAGAAUCUUGGGUGUGGCCGUCUGAUGAUCUUCUGUGGGACGGAACUACGUGGGAUGUGGAGGCGGCGUUGUUUCAUCUGAUGUCCACAUGA